AGGGGUAAGGAUGGCGGCGAGUUCGGAAAGAGACGAGGAGGGCGAGUCGGCAAGGUUGUUGACAUUUCUUGAUGAGGCAGAGAAGCGAGUGGAGAGUUUCCGGACACAGGCUGUGUAUCUGAUGCAGGAGAGAGCGAGUUUGUUGACAAUCCUUCAACAACUGAAGGAAGAGAGUCUAAAAUGUUCAUUGUCCGAGGGUGAUCGCCAGCAGUUCCUAGCCAACAUAGACCGUCUCCGGAAGCGAUCCAAGUCAGCCACAAUUGAAGUAAAUACAGUCCGAAAUGAAACACAGGAGGAAGCCCUGAGUAAGAUCAAUGAUAUUCUGGACAGAUUACAGGGUGAGUUUGAGGAGCAGCCCGAGAAGUGUUGGAAACAGCUUCAGAUCUACUACAAUACAUGCCUUGCAGAGAGUAGUGGGGCAGUGGACCUGCGCUUCCAGAACCUUGUGCUUGACUGCACUGUGGAUGAUCAGAAGAAUCUCCGACGGAAACUGGACAACUGGCUUAGGAACCAAGAUUUCAAGUCAAAUGGAACAUUAUAGCAGUUUGUGUGAAUGUCAUUGAAUGAGAGGACCUCUGACAAAAAGUGGACAGCUAACUUAGAAUCAGAGAGAUCAUGUCAAAUGGAAGAUUGUAGCAGUUUGUCUGUGUGAAUAAUUAAUAGGACCUCUGACAAAAAUUGGACAGCUGACAUAGGAUCCAAGAGAUCAUGUCAAAUGGAAGAUUAUAGCAGUUUGUUUGAGGAUGGAUAAUUGGAUAAAAGUCAGCUGGACAGCUGCUAUUUUAUGACAGUUUUUGUGUCUGGUCACUGAACAAGGGCUGUAAUGGUUAAACUGUGCAUGUCUUAUUGUGAGGUGACUAGUGGUGGUCCGAUUAAUUGAAAUAAUCGAAGAUUGGUCGCAGUGA